AUGAAACACACAACACCCAUUAAAGCAUGCAUUUUUGAUAAUGAUGGCACUCUCCUUGAUACAGAAUGGGCAUAUGAAUGGUCUCAUGAACAAUUAACAGGUCAUAAAAUGGAUAUGGCUCUAAAAGCAAAAUUAAUGGGAAAAAGUUCAAAGGAAACAUGCGAAUUAGUUGUUAAAAUGUACAAUCUCAAUGAAACACCAGAAGAAUUUGGCGUUAGAAGAACUGCUCUCCUCGAUACAUGCUGGAAUAACAUUAAAUUACUCCCAGGAGCAGAAGCAUUAUGCAGAAAGCUUCAUGAAAUGAAUAUCCAUAUGGGUGUUGCUACCGCAUCCAGAAAUCAUGUUUUUGCACGCAAAAUUUCCGGAAAUGAAGAGUUUUAUAAACUUUUUGAUCCAAUUAUCUGCGGCAAUGAUGUGAAAAUUGGCAAGCCGGCACCAGAUAUUUUCCUUGCCGCUAUGAAUAAAUGGCCUGGAAUCAAACCAGAAGAAUGCCUCGUUUUUGAAGAUUCUCCACUCGGAAUCAAAGCAGCAAAUCGCGCUGGGAUGCCAUCUGUAUUCAUACCAGAUCACAGAUUAAAUGUACAAGAGAUCUUAGCUGCAGGAGAUGCAGUUCCUACAAUAAUUAUCCCAUCUUUGGAGAAUUUUGAUUUCAGCUUGUUUAAUUGGGCCAAAUAA